GGAUUUUCGUGUCUGGACCUGCUGAACGCGGGCAUGAAGCAGUCCGGAGUGUACUAUCUACAAAUCCGUGGUACGGCGUACUGGUACCUGAAGGUGUACUGCGAACAGGAGAUUGCGGACGGCGGUUGGACGGUCAUUCAAAGAAGAGACGAUAUCGGUGACCCGAUACGUGAAAACUUCAACAGAGACUGGACCGAUUAUAAAAACGGAUUUGGCGAUCCCACAAAGGAGUUUUGGAUGGGAAAUGAAAACAUUUAUAUGCUGACCAGCAACGACGAAUACAUGCUGAGGAUCGAGUUGGAAGAUUUCGAAGGAAAUAGAAGAUACGCUCAAUACUCUCAUUUCAAAAUUUACUCGGAAUCUGAGUACUACAAGUUGGAAAUCGACGGAUACGAAGGCAACGCGGGAGAUUCAUUGAACGACCCGUGGUAUGGAAGCAAUAACAGUCCGUUCUCCACGUACAACAGAGAUAAUGACCGAUCAAGUUUGAAUUGUGCGUCGAUGUUGAAAGGAGGAUGGUGGUGGAAGUCGUGUGGCAGAGGACUCAACGGAUUAUAUUUGAACGAUCCACAAGACUUAACGGCCAGACAAGGAAUCGUGUGGUUCCGUUGGAGAGGAUGGGAUUACACGCUGAAGAAAGCACAAAUGUUAAUCAAACCAAAGGUCACCGUUAUUCCGCCACUGCCCGUCGUCAAUGCCGUUUGAACGACGAAAAGAUGUUUUGGUGUCAUAAACAACGAGCGCGAACAAUCUAAUGUUAGUAAAAGAAGAAGAACAGAUUUGGAAGUAAACCAUCGACAAAACAUCGUGGCGUUUUUAAAUUAGGCUCAAAACCAUUACUAUUCUGUUUUUUUCAUUCACCUUAAAACGAAUUUUAGUAAGUCUAUGGUAAUAUAACAACCAAUUUUUUUAUUUUAAUUUUUUUUUCUUCUUUUUUUUGUCGAAUCAGAA